CGCUGAAUAAGCCACACGACACGCAUUCGACGGAGAAGGGUUUGGUGUGCGCAUGCGUAUAACUGCAGUCGGCGAAACGGAUAAAAUACCGAUACCGGAUCGUGCAGCACCAGUGUGGUAGCGUGACAACCGCCGAGUGGAGUUUGUCUUGAGCCGAACCUUACUUCGACACAUCGCAAUUCGCUAGGCCACGUGCUCGUCAUUCAACAAAUAAUAUUACGCUGCAACCGAAUAUCGUAACUCUAAAAAGAAAUGGCAGAUUCGAAUUACCCGAAGUGCCAGAAGAAGAUCGAUCCACAUUUCGGAACUAAAGCUAUUCACGUGGGCCAAAAUCCUGACCAGUGGUCUUUCAAAGACGUCGUUCCUCCGAUUUCGUUGACCACCACCUACAAACAAUACGGCCCAAACGAUCAYGCUGGAUUCGAGUACAGCAGGUGUGGCAAUCCGACCAGAAAAGUGUUGCAGAACUGCAUUGCUUCGCUGGACGCAGGCAAACACUGUCUGACAUUUGCUUCCGGUCUUGCCGCCACCACGGCAGUGGUCCAACUGUUGCAGGCCGGAGACCACAUCCUGUGCGGCGAUGACAUGUACGGUGGCACAAAUCGGUACUUCUCGAAGAUCGCGUCUAAAUUCAAUGUGAAGUUCACAAUGACCGACAUGACGAACGACAAGAACAUUGCGAAAUUAAUUUUGCCAGAAACCAAGUUAGUGUGGAUGGAGAGCCCUACAAACCCAUGCAUGCGAGUUGUGGACUUGGAAUCGAUUUCGACGAUUGUUCAUAACAUACGAAAAGACAUAAUCGUAGUUGUCGACAACACGUUCCAGACACCUUAUUUCCAAAGACCACUCGAAUUGGGUGCAGAUGUCGUGCUUUACUCUCUGAGUAAAUAUAUGAAUGGUCAUUCGGACGUCAUAAUGGGUGCACUUGUCGUAAACGAUACGGAGUUAUUCGAUCGUCUAGCCUAUAUUCAGAAUUGUAAGUACUUACACUCAUAUAAGUUAAUUCGUUUUGAUAUUAUGCUAUAGUGUGGUCCUACUGUA